CCAACCCGCAUCACAAUGUUCAAACUCUUGGUAUUGGCUUGUGCCGUAGUGGCUUGCUUGGCCGAGCCCGAGCCGCAGCCCGAGCCCAAGCCCGAGCCCGGGGCGUAUCUCUCCGGCGCCUACUACGCCAGCCCCUACCUGGCCACCUCGUACGCCGCCCGCCCGCUGCUGGCUGCCGGCUACUCCGCGCCCCUGUACCCUGGCUAUGGCUACAGUGGCUACCCUGGCUACAGCGGCUACGUCGCCCCGGCCGCGCACUUCAUCAAGAAGCGCUCCGCCCCCGUGCUCCCCUACGCCGCCGCCUCCUACAUCGCUCCCUCUGCGUACUCGACCUACUCGUACUCCACCCCGUACGUCGCCGCCCCCUACGCCGCCGCUCCCUUCGCCUACUCCAGCCCCUACGCCUACUCCCCGUACUUCAUCAAGAAGUAAACAUUGGAAAUAUUGAUCAAAUGGUGAAAAUCAUUCUAACACCAAGUGAUAUUUGAUAAUCCAUUAGGAUACGACAUCUUUAUCAAAUAAAAAUAAUUUGCAACCAUAAUUAAUGA